GUGUACAUCAUGCUGAUCACGAAUAGAGCAUUGCAAAUUUAACGUUCGCACGCUUCGGGCUGACAUUUCUGUCAGCCCGAAGGGUGUUUCCCCGCACCUUUCAAACUGCUUUUUGCGCUCUUUAGAUAGGAGGCGCUUGAAGUUUGCGUUCACAAAUGUAGGCAAAUGUUCACAAACAGCGUCUCAAGCGGAUAAAUUGUAGUCUUUUAGCGUGUUGCCGUAGUCAAUCGACGUUCACCGGUGUCUUGUUUACUGCGGCACGGGGGACGGCAAGAUAGGCGCAGCGCCGUCGCCCACGACACGCGCCCUUUCCGCACUCCUCGCACGCACUGUCUCCCAGCCCGAGUGCAACAACACGAGGAGCGCGCUCGCUGUUUCGACCGCCGCGUGCAAGGGAGCAAGGCACCAUGCAGUUCGUGUCCGUGGACGUGGGGACGCAGAGCGUCCGCGCAGCACUCGUCACAGAAAGAGGACGCUUCGUAAAGACGGCGUCACGGCCCCUGGAACUGUGGAACCCGCGGCCUGGUUUCUACCAGCAGUCAUCGGACCAGAUAUGGAAUGCCUGCUGCGACGCCGUCAAGGAGGUGUGUCGGGACGCGAAGGACGUAAGUGGCAUCGGCUUCGACGCCACCUGCUCGCUCGUGGUGCUGGACGACUCCGGUCGGCCACUGACCGUCAGCCCCAAAGGUGAGCCGGAGCAGAACGUGGUGCUGUGGAUGGACCAUCGCGCCGUGUCGCAGGUUGAGGCCAUAAAUGCGACCGGGCAUCCUGUGCUGCGCCUUCUUGGCGGAACCAUGUCGCCCGAGAUGCAGCCACCGAAGCUCCUCUGGCUUAAGCAGAACAUUCCAUCGACUUGGGAGCGCAUUGGUAUGGCCCUUGACUUGUCCGAUUUCCUCACGUGGCGAGCCACGGGCUACGCGUCCCGGUCCCUGUGCACGGCUGUGUGCAAGUGGACUUACCAGGCGGGUACGGUGCCCGGUUCCGAUAUGAAAUCUGGCUGGCAGGACUCCCUCUGGACUCGCGUCGGCCUCGACGACCUCACGCGCGACAACUACAGGAUCAUAGGCCAGGAAUUCCGGCCGCCAGGAUCCCCCUGUGGAAACGGUUUAAGCAUCGAGGCUGCCGCGGAGAUGGGCCUGAAGAAAGGCACGCCUGUCGCCACUUCCAUCAUCGACGGGCACGCCGGAGGCCUUGGCCUGCUUGGCUGCGAGGCGGAAGGUGACUUCCCGAAAGAAUUUUCCCGACGCCUGGCCAUUAUUGCUGGGACAUCGGCUGCUCAUAUGCUGGCAAGCGAGAAGUGCAUCUUCACUCCAGGCGCUCCUGGCCCCUUCUUUUCGGCCAUGGUUCCAGGAAUGUGGCUCAGCGAACCGGGGCAGAGCGCAGCCGGGGCACUGGUGGACCACGUAAUUUCGACGCACCCCGCCUAUCCACAGAUAGUGGCGAAGACGAAGCCAGGCCGGAGGCCCGAGGACACGCUCAACGAUCUGCUCCAGUCCAUGUGCGAGAGGCGAGGCCUCGAUUCCGUGUCAAAACUGGCGGCUGACCUGCACGUGUGGCCCGACUUCUAUGGCAACCGCUCACCGCUCGCCGACCCAACUCUACGGGGCAUGUACGGGUCACGGCACAUCAUAGACGCCCUGACCAGCACAGGCCAUUCGUUGUCCGGCCUACUGACGUGUGGGGGUCUGGCCAAGAACCCACUCUACGUGCGGUUGCUCGCAGACGCCACUGGUUUGCCUGUGCUACUGCCUACGGAGACGGAGUCGGUGCUCCUUGGUGGCGCCAUCUUGGCUGCUAGCGCCAGCGGCCGCUAUUCAAGCGUGACGGAUGCCAUGCAACACAUGGGCGGCUCGGGCCGCGUGUUGGCUCCUCGGUCCAGCGAGCGUGGGUUCCACGACGACAAGUACGCUGCCUUCCAUGCCCUGCUUGACUGCCAGCGGCGUCUUAGGGAAAUCAUGUCAGGCGGAAGACCACCAUCACCGUGCUCUUGAUUUCAGUGUCGUUUAGUUUGUUGUUGGGGAAAUGAAAAUAAACGUCGGUGCUUUUGUCGCCGUGUAAUGUCGA